GUGUGCGCCGCGGUAGCUUCUAUUGAUCACCGCGAGAGAGCGCGCGCGAUGUCUUCUUAUCGUGCGUAUGAGAGUGGGAGGGGUGCUGUUGCUAUAGGAACAGACAAAAACCGCUGCGUGAAGAAGCAUUAGGCACGAUCGGUACGUGUAGAAGCAGUCCACGAGCGUUAUACGAAUACCACUUAGAAACACACACACACAUAUCGUUUGAGGUAGAUUCAUUGAGACCAUGGGUUUGAGGUGGAAGACUGAAAUUAAGAACAGAAGAUAGCCUUUCACACAACUGGCGUUUCAUUCAUUGUUAUCAAGUUCGUGGUUACAUCGUUCCUCUCCAGAAAGCAUCUAUUAACCUAUGUACGAAGCGAACAAGGCAACGUAGAAUAACAGGAUUUAAAGAUCCCUUUCGUUCCCACUGUAUUCAUUAUGGAUCCUCAAUAAUCCAUGUAAGACCUAAGAAUUCUGUCUAACGAUACGUCUAACUUCCCACGAGUUCCUCAUGUCCUCCCUCUGUUUCUUAUGUGAGCUUCCAAUUCUAAGCCACCAACCUUGGGGCACGUGGCCAGCAAGUUCUUCUGAAGACAGUGACGAAGAGUUUGCUGACGAACUGGAAAUAGAUUUCCCAAUACCGUUGGCCGGAGGACUUGAAGAGCUUGUUGCUAGAGGCAACGUGUUCCACGAAGAAUGUUUGACUUGCGACUCUUGUGGUGUCCUUCUGGCCGAUUUCAAUUUUUGCGAAGCUAGAAGGUUUCACAAUAGGAUCUACUGUCAGAUACACUAUGCCGAUGUUGCCGGCCUUGCUAGAGGAGAAGAAUUAAUGCAGAAGCUCAGGCGUUUCAAGAAGCAGAGCCACGGCUGUGCUGAAGCUAGACGAAAAAGCUCUACAACUCUGAUAUUCCCUGUCCCUCCUCAAGCGUGUCCCGGCAGUCCCUGCAGGUGUCAUCCCCACUUCAUCAAAGCCACGCCUGGCUAUUGGAUAGAAUGCAGCGGAGAAGACAUUUCAGACUUUGGGGAGUUAUCCCGAAACGCAGAGGAAGAAGAAGAUGACGGUGAAGGGUUCUGUAAAGGAAGUCAACGACGUGCCAGCUCCACAGAGAAUGACGUCUUUCAAUUAACUUCAAUCGAAGAGGAGACCUACGAAAAACACUUCUAUGGGACAGAACACUGGAACUACUUCACGAACGACGAAGACCUGGGGCCAGUGGUCCUAAGUUUUAAACAGGAGAACAUCACCAACAGAGACCAAUUUAGAGCAAGGCCACUUUGGGCUAUCUGCUGCGUCCACCGCGGGGAAUCGAGCCCCGGAUUUUAGCGUUGUAAGUCUGUAGACUUACCGCUUUCCCAUCGGGGGACAAAAUGGGGUAAUUUGUUAAACAAUAUUUAUGUAUUUCAGCGGAAUUGAAUGAAAUUAUCUGAUAUAAUUAAGAUAUAUUGAUAUCAAUAUAAUCAUUUUACCUUGUAGAUGUUGACUUGUUUAUAGAUGUUGACUAGUUUAUAGAUGUUGACUAGUUUAUAGAUGUUGACUUGUUAUUAGAUGUUGACUUGUUUAUAGAUGUUGACUUGUUAUUAGAUGUUGACUUGUUUAUAGAUGUUGACUUGUUAUUAGAUGUUGACUAGUUUAUAGAUGUUGACUUGUUAUUAGAUGUUGACUUGUUUAUAGAUGUUGACUUGUUUAUAGAUGUUGACUUGUUAUUAGAUGUUGACUAGUUUAUAGAUGUUGACUUGUUAUUAGAUGUUGACUAGUUUAUAGAUGUUGACUUGUUAUUAGAUGUUGACUAGUUUGUUAUUGGAAAACUUUCUUUCACAGAUAAAGAUCCAUCAACUUUUUUUAUUUUUAAUUUCCAUACAAUAAAAUUAAUAUUUUGUAACAAAGGCUUCGGUGACUAGAAGAGCACUGUGUUUUUUCUGUUAAUGUAACCUUAUACAUGUCAUGAUGAAGAAAAUAAAGAUAGCUGUAGCAAACAAUAAAUAUUGUCUAAAUCAGAACACUCAGAUACAAAUAAUUACCUUACAUUUCAUUCAGUAGCUCCCCCCUUCCCCCAGAUAACCCAUCGUGUAGCUUUGUGCUUAAUUACAAACAAACAAACAUUCAGUAACUGCCUUCUCUCCCAGUGGCACCGUUGUGCCUGUGGAGUUACAACGCUAAAAACCGGGUUUCGAUACCCGUGGUGGGCAGAGCAC